AUGGUUAUAUUGAAAGGAUUAACUGAAACCGAAUUAUCAAAUUUACAAAUAACAGCUAGAAACGUAGAAAAAUGUCAACAUGCUUCUACCUUACGUGAAUUCGUUAAGGCUGAUAUUAGUGGUUUAUCUGAAUUAGCAUAUGAUAAAAAUGAAGAAACAAAUGUAUCUAUAAACGUGUUAAGGGCUAUACCUGGUUUGAGGGUGUUAGGUGAUAAAAAAGCUGCCAUUUGUAUUAACAAUAAUGAAAUCAAAAUAUCAAGAGACUUAAACUUAUAUUCUUUACAAGAUUUUCAUGGAAAAGUUAAAAAACCAAAAUUGAAUGAUACUGAAUAUGAUUCAAGCAUUAUGCAAGGUUUGAUAAAUAAAUCAAAGAAUGAUGGUGGAUUUUUGGAUGGAAAUCAAUUUUCAUCAAGAGUUGCAGCUGGUAUAUUAGAAAUUGACGGGGCUCUCGUUCAUUUUAUAACUUUAUAUGCACCAAACACCACAAAAAGAAUUAAUUAUGAGCAUGCUCAAGAGUAUUUUUAUUCAGAUUUAUUAACUUUCUUAAAACAUUUAUCAAUUAAAGAACUCUGGAUGGUCGGAGAUUUCAAUCUCGUCCAAUUCCAGAGUCAUUGCAUGAUAUUUAAUUUUGGAAUAUGCAAAAAAGAACAAAAAUCAAUUGAUAUUUUAAAUAGAAUUAAAAAUGAGUAUGAUUUAGUUGAUUUGAUCAAUUGUUUGGCACCUGAUGCUACUAUUAUAACUAAUCACAAUGCAGCUAAUUGUAGAAGAAUAGAUGGUAUAUUACUUCCUUAUUCAAGAGUUGGUUCUGUUGCUAAAUUAGAGGUGAUUAGAGCUCCCUAUUUUGGAUCUCAUUUAUCAAUUAUCACAUAUUUGGUUAGUGAAGGUGUGGAUUUUACAGAUGAAGAGUUACAUCUAUUGCAAGAUAUAAAUUCAACAACCGUCAACAAUACAGUAAUUAUGGAUUGCAGCUGUGCUUGUCGUAAUUUUUUUGGUACUUUAAUUGGUAAACUACCCUCAGACAUUAGGGGUGUAAUUGAAUAUAAUUUGGAAAUUCCUCAAGAAGUGUUAAAUGCACCUGUUAAAGCUGAUGGAUUUGGUUAUCUGUUCAAACUUGGAAGGCCUUAUGCAUAUUGGGACUUUGAAAUUAAAAAUACACAGGUGGAUCAAAGCAAUAAAAUAGUUGAAAUAUCAAAUGAAGUUCAAGGUGUUAAAGAUAAUGAAGAAGAAGAAGAAGAAGAAGAAGAAGAAGAAGAAGAGGAAGAAGAAGAAGAAGAAGAGGAAGAAGAAGAAGUUGAUUUUGCAAUUGAAGGAGAUGCUAUUAUAGCAGAAACUGGAGAAGCUGUUAAAAAAUAUAGAAUAUACAAAUUGUUGGGACCAGAUUUAAUAAAAGUUAGAGAUUUACUUAGACCGAAAUUUUCAAUCACAAGUGAACUAAAUAUAGCAAUGCAUUGUGGGGUUUUAAUGACAGAUGUAUUUUCGACAAUUGAGACUGUUCUCCUGGGAUCAUAUACUUCUCCUAAAAAUGCCUAUAACUUAUUUGUUCAUCAUAAACUCAAUAAAUAUAUACCAGAUGGCUUGAAAAUAUUUGGUCAAGUUGAAUAUGAAUUAUUUGAUGAUGGUUGUGCUCAAUUUAAUGAUCCUGUAUUGGAAAUCAAUGGUAAUGAGUUAAGAUUCUAUUAUACAGAUGAUAGUUUCAUCAUAGUAUUAUUAGAUGAAAUGUUAGUUUCAAUGAGAAAGGCCAUGAGAGGUGCUGGGAUUAGAAAAUAUAAAGGGUUUCUCAAAGAAAAUGCUUUAAGUUAUAAGGUCUAUCGCACUAUUAGGGGUCAAAAAGUUACUUUUAUGCCGCUACAACAUCUAAUCCAUGUAUUAAACCUUCCCUUUAGAAGAUCCAGUAAUCAAAUUAUUAAAGGGAUUAGAGGAUUAUACCCCUUAUUAAAGAACGAUUUUGAAGGGGAAUAUAAAUCAAGUUUUAAAGAAUUUUGUAACUCAAUCAUUAUGAAUUAUGGUAAUGAAAUUAUACCUAUGGAAGAGUUGGUCAGAUUUACUUAUUCACAAGAAACAUUAGUUUACAAGGGGAUAUCUAGAAAUUCUGAUGAUGAAAUUUGUUUAAGUGAUAUAUUUUUUUUCGUUCAUAAAGAUUCGAUUCCGCUUGGUACGAACAAUAGGAAGCAAAUAUUAAAAGAUAGAAUUUGUGGUUCUGUUAAGGUAUAUAUGAAAAAUUAUAAUAUCGACGCCAGCAAUUUUGAAAUGCCAACUUUACUUCCAUUUGAAGGCUACUCAGGAAAUCAUUUGGUCUUUAUUUCAUUAUCACAAGCUAAGCAAUUAGCGAAAAAACUUAACAUCAUAAAUGAAAUACAUCCAAUAUUAAAUUCUAAUUUAUUAUCAUUGCCAUUCAUACAAAGUUUAACACAAAGAUAUGAUUAUAAUCAAGAUAUAGAUCAUGUCAAUAUAUCGAUUGGAAAAGGUCCCUAUAAAUUAAAAGGAUUUUAUAACGCGAACGGAGUUUUGAGAAAUCCUUCUAAGGGAUUGAUAGUUUUACAAUCCUUACUAGCAACAGGUACUGAAUAUCUGAAGAGUAUGAUCAAACAUUAUGUUUUGAAUUUUCCUUCUGAAAAAGUUGCUUGUAUAUUUGACACAAGAAAAAUGGUCACUCUUGAAGUUGCUAGAGAACAAGCAGAAUAUUUCAGAAUUCCACCCGAUGCUGUAUAUCCUGGAUUGGUUGAUGAAGAAAAAUUCAAAACCUAUAUUUAA